AUGUCGAGCUCAAAGACAUCAUCAGGCUCGGGUAGUGGUUCCAGGUCUAGCAAGCCGUCUUCCUCAUCGGCGAGUCAACCUACCAAAAAGGAUCCACCAGUCGGAUGGGAAUUUUCAGCACAUCCCAGAUACAGGAAUCCACUACCAGAACUGCCCUUUGAUCCCAAACUAAUACCACCCAAACUUGGCCUCGAACGACAUUAUAAAUUUCGACCUGAUGAGCAAACACCCAUGGACGGAGACUUUACAAUAGGAGUAAACGUAGUCGAUGAUCUCGUUGGCGAGUCAUUAAACCUGGCAGAUAUGGGAGUGCUUGAACGGAUUGUGAAGCGAGAUCCAUUUAUAGUCAGACCGUCAGCUACUCAGCAUCCGCUCGACUUGGAUAUUAUCAAGGGCAAUAUAGACGCUAUACCGCUAGUCCAACUCGCAAAACCCGCAUCACGAAACCCCGAUACGCCCAUAUCUCGCAACGUUGGUCCAUCUGGUGAACGAGAUGUUGCAUGGCUGCGACGAACAACGUAUAUUGCUUCAGAGGCAGUCAAACCACGAUCCAAGAAGGCUGCCGCGUCUGCUGUUACGACACAUAAAAAGAUGACUGAUGUGUUGGGACAGUCGCUUGUGGACGACAUGUCUAUUGAAAACCAGAUACGGAUUAUCAUGUCAACGUUUAGGAGUGUUGAUGAAGGGUUGGAUAAUUUGGAUAAGUUGGAACAUCCAACAAAGAAGGGGGUUACUGCUGAAGAAGCGGUGCCUGUUUUCCCGGAUUUCGAGACUUGGGGAACGAAUUAUACUAUUAUUCAUUUUGAUGAGGAUCCUUUUCCUGCUCCUAUUACGAAUGAGCAAGCUCAAGUUGCUUUGGAAGAAUCUAUUCUCGCUAUUGCUGAUACAGGCUCUGGAGAAUAUGCUUCACUCUUCAAACCGACUGAUGAAACAGCCAGGAAGAUGUUGGGUAAACGAAAACGUGGUGAAGACUUUGGUGAUGAUCCCAAUACGGUAUAUGAUUAUGACAACAUUCGCGAUUAUGACUUCCAAUUGACAACAUUUGAUUAUAAUCCGACUGAUAAACCCGCACCAAAGAGUCGAACGGUUGAUUUCACGAAUGAUAAAUUCAAACGUUUGUCACUUUCUAUUCGAGAUGUAGCUGAAACGAGGGCUGCCUUCUAUUAUGUGUUUGAGAAUAUCGUUACUUUCAAGAGACGUCGUCUGGUGGGCCGUCAUCGAAGUAAUGAUCGAGUCAAGCAUAUACAAGUACGACCUCGACCAUUGUCAGCUCAAGAAGUUGAAGAAAAGAGAGCACGAUUGAUGAAGGUAUUGGCAGACGCCAAUCUUGUUGGUGAACUAAUGGCGGAAGAUGAUGAAGAGCAAAAGGCAUUGCAAGCAGAGCUUGAAGCUAAUGGUGGUGGAGGAGCAGCAGAGAAUGGAGUUGGUCAUCACGAUGGGAAUGUUGAUCAAAAGCAAGAAGGAAUGGAUGUGGACGAUGUAACAACAACAGCACGAGCAGCGAUGCAAGAAGUAUUGCCAUUUCAUAGUAUCCGCUUCGCAUUCUUCUCACCUUUAAACAAGCUCGCAAACAUGAUGGAAAUCGAGUCUACGAACGGAAGCAUUAGUUCUACUCCUCUUCCUACCUCCAUCGCUCCAAUCCUCAACAUUUCACCAGAAACAUCCCCUCAUGAAUUACGAGAUGCCCUUAUUAAAAUCAUACCACAAAACAAUGAAGAACGGAUUGCACUGGCAGGAUCAGAUGCAUUCCUAUCAUUUCUACGCCAAACACUCGAAAUCGCUGCCCAGAAACAGGCAAAUUCUACAGAUCUAGUGUACAAGGAAAUGGGGGCUGCUGCUGCGAAGUUGUUGGCUGAAAUCGCCAAAGCUGAGGAAGCAAGACAGCAUAUCGGUGAAUCAGGAAACAUACCUGCCUUGUUAUCUCUCCAGCGUUGGUCUUCACGAAACUUGACGGAUAUCAAUGAUGAACGGGAAGAUGGACAAUAUGAUGAAGUUAUUGUGCAGACAUUACGUGCCUUGGCAAACUUGUGUUUUGACAAUGAAACAAAUCGAGAGAUUGUACUAGAUACCAAAGACAGCAUCAACAAUAUUGUUCGAUGUCUGAAUUCACGUAGUUCGCAAUUGUUGAAUAUUGUUUGUGGUGCUCUUCUCAAUAUUUCCAUGGAGAAUGAACCGGUACAAGUUGAGAUCCUGAAUGCAGGUGGUUUGACAUUGCUAUUAAAUGUCAUCAAACUGGGUACAGAUGUAUCUACUCGGAGAUCAUUUCGUGGUAUUGGACCUGUAGCUAUCAAAGUUCUGAGCAAUCUUGUGGAAGCUGGCAAGUUAUCCAUCGGAGUAUCCACACAAUCCUCUUUUCGCUUAUCGCAUUUUGCAACAGAAAAGGGAGCUCAAGAACUCAUGUCCUCUGGUGGACUAUCACAAAUGUUGAGAUUAUUGUGGCAACAACAUCAGAAUCUGCUAGAUCCUGAAAUUGAUCGAGAAGAUUAUGAUGAAGCGUUAGAGUUGUUGGACGUGUUGACUACUGUGUUGGAGACUAUUGGAGAGAAUGAUCAAAUUCAGCGAGCCAUUGUGGACAAGGACUUGUUGGACAUACUAUUAGAUUUCGUGGAUCAUCGACCACCUGCUCGUGCUAGAGCUUCUGGCAAUGACGAAACGUUGAUGAAAGCAGUUACUACGUAUACUGACAUUCGAAGAACAGUGUCACGUAUUGUGACUUUGGUUACCAUGAAUGAUGCAAAUAUGGUGGAUAUGCCAAAGAAGGCUGAAAUCAUCAAUCGAUUCAAGAGGUGGAUGACACUAGUUCGACAAGUUUCUGUUGACGAUGACGACGAUGAUGAGGAUCAAGAAGAUGAGGAUGAAGAAGUUCGGAUGUCUGGAGCACUUUGUCUUGGGAAUCUGGCUCGUAGUGACGAGACAUGUGCUACUUUGGUCAAGACCCACAAUGUAGUUCCUGCUCUAGUCAAGUUACUCAGACUAGAAACUGAACGAUUGAGAAUGGCACAAACUGGUGAAGAUACUAAAAUGGGGUUGAAAGUUGUUCAUGCUGUUAUUGGUGCUCUUAAGAAUCUGUCUCUUGCUUCUGCCGAUCGAACUAUUAUGGGAGAUCUUGGAGUCAUCAACGCUGUAGCUGGUGUGUUUGACUUGGAGAAUAUCAAGCCAGUUCAAUAUGGAUGUGUUGGAAUCAUCAAGAAUCUUUGUGGGGGCCAGAAUGAAGCUAAUGUAUAUCGAACAAUUGGUGGAGUUGAUCCCCCGCCUCCAACAAAUGACUUCAAGUUGGAGACAGCAGAAGUCCCAAUAGUACCAGGCAUCAAAACUCCAUUGGCUCGCAUUAUUUCAUUGAUUUGGAGAGCAACUGGUGAUAGUGAUACUGGCAUACGGAAUGAAGGCGGUCGAGUUAUUGUCAAUUUGACUAGGUCAUCACAUCGUGCUCGAGCUCCCCAAUUCAUAAAAGCUAUUGUUGACUCAAACGGAAUACCGCCCCUCAUUCAAAUUCUUACUGGGGCGCUCUUGACUCGAGAUCUUCCACCAGAUGCCAUGUCGGAGGACUCGACUGAUGAAGAGGUGCAUGUGCACUUUGAUGCUCUGCCAUCUGCAGAUCAAGUCUUUCCUCUAGUGCAGAACGAGGGUCUUGUUGCCCUAUCCCUCAUUGCUACCAGUGUCCCGUCAUCCAUACCAAUUAUCACCAAAUAUUCAGCUUCACUCAUUCCAACUCUAAUACGUAUCUUGCAAUCCGGAUUGCCAGAAUUCGCCGAACAUACUCAACCAAAAGAGUCGAAACCAUCACGUAAUUCAGGACAUUUCAAGGACGAUGUGGGUGGAGAUAAAGAGCACACAGUGUAUUCUGACGAGACCAAGUGUAAUGUGUGUACUUUGGCGGAUACGCUUAUCAAGAGAGAUGCGGCAUUCAAGGCACGAAUCUCCGAAGACUUGAAAACAACACUGCCGGCAUUACUCAAAGUUGUGAAGGCCAGUCCAUCCGCAUCAUCGGCCGAAAACCCAAUCAGUCCCACUACCUCAAUCCACACAACUGCAGAAUACUCCAAGAGAGGGACUGUUGGUUCUGGUGGAGGACAACCUACACAGAAAGAGUUGCAACGACAGUUGGGUGGUGGUUUAGGACGUGCUAUGAGUGUGGUCGAUAUUGCUAUGUCGUUGGAGAAUGCUGCGAACAGUUUACUGGGCAAUAUUUGA